CCACCGUGGCGGGGGUCGGUUCCCGGUCCCCGUCAGCACCGGCCGCGCCCGGGCAGCGGCACGGCCCGCAGCGCGCUCCUGGCAGCUCGGCGGCCUCGGGCCGAGCCGUGGGGCGGGGAGCGAACCCCCUGCGGGCGCUCGGCUUGCACCGGAUGGGGCUCGAGCCUUUCACCGCCUCCGCCCGCCCCGGCCACUGCAGCCCGGCCGGGGCCGUAACACCGCUCGCGCCCCGCCGCCCCGCCUCAGCGCUGUCGACAACGUGGCAGCGAUCAGGCGCACUGCGCCGGGCGGGCGCCGGCACCGGCCGUGCUCCUGCCGGGCUCCGUACGCCGGCGGCCCGGGCGGCAGCACGCUGGGCGUGACAGCGCGGCCCCGCCCCGGAAGGCGCCGCGCCCUUCCGGCGGAGGCGUUUUGGCGCGCGGCAGCUGGCCUGUACCGGCCUGGCCGCCAUGUCCCGCCCGGCGCCGCCCGCCGAGCCCGGCGCCGCCAUCGAACGGCUCUGCCAGGAGCUCAACCUGGACGCAGCCAGCGCCGCCGAGGCGCUGCGCGAGUUCACGGCGCUGCGGGGCACCUACAGCCUAGAGGGCGAGGCGCUGCACUGGCUGGCCUGCGCUCUCUACGUCGCCUGCCGCAAGAGCCUGGUGCCCACGGUGGGGAGCGGCCUGAUGGAGGGGAACGGCGUGUCGCUGACCCGGAUCCUGCGCUCCGCCAGGCUCAGUUUAAUCCAGUUUUUUAGCAAAAUGAAGAAGUGGAUGGACAUGUCAAAUCUACCACAGGAAUUCCGAGAGCGAGUGGAGAGGCUGGAGAGAAAUUUUGAAGUGUCAACUGUGAUUUUCAAGAAGUUUGAACCAAUAUUUUUGGAUAUAUUUCAAAACCCCUACGAAGAAACUUCUAAACCACAGCGAAGCAGGAAACAAAGACGGGUGCCGUGCAGCGUUAAAGAUCUCUUCAACUUCUGCUGGACUCUCUUUGUGUACACUAAGGGUAAUUUCCGUAUGAUUGGAGAUGAUUUAGUAAAUUCCUAUCAUUUGCUUCUAUGCUGCUUGGACCUGAUUUUUGCAAAUGCCCUUUUGUGUUCAAAUAGAAGAGAUCUGAUAAAUCCAUCAUUUAAAGGCUUACCAGCAGAAUUCCACACAACAGAGAUCAAAGCCUCUGAAGAUCCUUCCUGCAUCAUUGCCACACUAUGUGAGCUGCAUGAUGGGCUUUUAGUAGAAGCAAAAGGAAUAAAGGAACAUUACUUUAAACCAUACAUUUCAAAACUAUUUGAUAGGAAGAUCUUAAAAGGAGAAUGUCUGUUGGAUCUUUGCAAUUUUACAGAAAAUAGCAAAGCACUAAAUAAAGAGUAUGAAGAGUAUGUUCUGACAGUGGGUGACUUUGACGAGAGAGUUUUCUUAGGAGCUGAUGCAGAAGAAGAAAUUGGCACUCCUCGAAAAUUUCCUGCAGACGUGCCAGUAGGGAAAACAGCAGCAAGAGCUCACGUGGAGUGCCACCUUCAGCAGCAUUUUGAAAAGAAAAGGUCAUUUGCACCUUCAACUCCACUGACUGGAAGAAGAUACCUACGAGAAAAGGAAGCUGUCAUCACUCCUGUUGCUUCAGCAACACAAAGCGUGAGCCGGUUGCAGAACAUUGUGUCUGGAUUGAAAAAUGCACCAAGUGAACAUCUUAUAAAUAUUUUUGAGUCUUGUGCACGCAGCCCUAUGGAAAGCAUUGUGAGCAGAGUGAAAGAAAUAGGUGAGACAUUCUGUCGCAGCUACACUCGGUCAACAGAUGAACAGCCAGGAUCUCAUAUAGAUUUUGCUGUAAACAGAUUAAAACUGGCAGAGAUCUUGUACUAUAAGAUCUUGGAGACUAUAAUGGUGCAAGAAACACGAAGAUUACAUGGCAAGGAUCUGACUGCUCUCUUGGAACAAGAUGUCUUUCACCGCUCUCUCAUGGCAUGCUGCUUGGAGAUUGUGCUUUUUGCAUAUAGCUCACCUCGUACCUUUCCCUGGAUUAUUGAAGUUCUUGACCUGAGGCCAUUCUAUUUCUAUAAGGUAAUUGAGGUACUGAUUCGGUCUGAGGAAGGACUUUCCAGAGACAUGGUGAAGCACCUCAACAGCAUUGAGGAACAAAUUCUCGAGAGUCUCGCCUGGACUCAAGACUCGGCACUCUGGAACGCCCUCCAGGCCUCAGAAAACAAGGUCCCAACGUGUGAAGAAGUAGUAUUUCCCAGUAAUUUCGAAGCAAGCAAUGGAGGAAGUGGGCUCGGGCAUUUGCCUAUGAUGCCAAUAUCUCCUAUAAUUCAUCCUCGAGUAAAAGAGGUUCGGACAGAUCUUGGUGGGAGUUUAAGACGGGACAUGCAGCCAUUGUCACCAAUCUCUGUUCAUGAGCGCUACAGUUCUCCUACAGCUGGAAGUGCUAAGAGAAGGCUCUUUGGAGAUGACAGCCCCAAAGAAAUGCAGAUGGACAAAAUCAUAACUGAAGGAACUAAGUUGACAAUUGCUCCAGUGUCAAGCAUUGCUGCUGAAAGUGUUUCUCCUGGUCAGACAGUACUGACCAUGACAACAGCUACAGUACCAGGAAAAACAGGACAGAAGGUUACUAUCCCACGGCAUGGUAUUGCAAAUGAAUUGGGUGGGAUCACAUUGAUACCCAUUUCAACGAAUUUAAGUCAGCCCUGUAAAAUGGAGGCUCAGGCUCCCUGCCACCCUCAGGUGAAUCAAGCACAAGAAGUGUAUCUGUCACCAGCAAGCAAACCAAAGAAAACGGGAUCCUUGGCACUGUUUUACAGAAAGGUUUAUCAUCUGGCAAGUGUGCGUUUGCGUGAUCUGUGCUUAAAAUUGGAUGUUUCCAAUGACUUACGCAGAAAGAUAUGGACGUGCUUUGAAUUCACAUUGGUUCAUUGUGCUGAUCUAAUGAAGGACAGACAUUUGGACCAGCUUCUCCUCUGUGCCUUUUAUAUCAUGGCAAAGGUAACCAAAGAGGAAAGAACUUUUCAGGACAUAAUGAAAAGUUACAGAAAUCAGCCACAAGCAAACAGCCAUGUUUAUAGGAGUGUCUUGUUAAGAAAUAUUUGUGCCGGUGUUCUGUUGGACAAAAAUGCAAACCAAGAUGUGGAGAUGACAGAAGACUCAUCUGUGAAAACUGGCAGUUCCUCGGGACGAUCUACCUCAAACUCCAGUGCGUCGGGAACAGAGGAGAGAGGAGAUCUUAUUAAAUUUUACAAUGCAGUCUAUGUAGGAAGAGUGAAAUCAUUUGCACUGAAGUACAAUGUCACAAACCAGGAUCAUGUAAUGGAAGCCCCUCCCUUGUCUCCAUUCCCCAACAUUAAGCAACAGCCAGUGUCUCCUCGACGGAUCUCUCAACAGCAUUCUGUUUAUGUUUCACCUCACAAGAACAGUGCCUGCUUGACACCUCGAACUGCGCUACUGUAUAAAUUUAAUGGGAGCCCUUCCAAGAGUUUGAAGGACAUUAACAACAUGAUAAAACAAGGUGAACACAGGAGUAAGAAGCGAGCAAUAACAAUUGAUAGUGACACUGAAUCCCCUACGAAGCGACUCUGCCAGGAAAAUGAUGACAUUCUACUUAAACGUCUGCAGGAUGUUGUCAGUGAAAGAGCAAAUCAUUAAAACUGUCCAUUUUCUGUGGGAUCUAAAAGUUGUGGUAUUGGAUACAGAUGUUGCGCUAUUUAUUUCUUGCUUUUGCAUAGAGACAACUGCCAAGUUUCUUCAACAUUGAACUUUUACCUGACCUCCACAGGAUGCAAAAAGCAAGGGUUAAGUAGUAAACACCAGAGAAUGAGAGGUGGUGAUGAUCCUCGUUCCCAAAAGGCACUCUGUGCUUUAAGUUACUCUGAGCAAAAGUGUGAUCUGUAGAAAGCCAUAUUGGAUGCUCUGAAGCCUAAUUUAGAGCAUCAUGAGUUCUGAGUGUAACUCAGUGUCUGGUAAUACUGGUUUUAUUUUUGGAAAAGAGAAUGAUAAGGAAAUGAGUGAAGUCUGUUAAGUUUCCUCAAGCUUUUGGUAUUUGGGGAAUACUUUAAAAGUUUGGGGAAAACUUUAAAAGUGCCUUAUUUUUAAAAGAACGUGGAAUUUUAUGCAUUAUUUUACUGUGGAGUAACUGGAGUGGAGAACAAAUUGAAUAUUUAGCCUCAGGAAGAGCUGAGUGGUUUUGAGCUGUAUGAUUUUGCUGUGCUACAUCUCCUGUCAGAACUUCAGUAAAAGUGUAUGUUAUGAAGUGGAUCAGACAGCUUUUGCAGUAACAAAGGCAAUAAACAGAAAGUAGAAAUAGCAGUGACUUAAAGGGGAAACUGACAUCUGGUAAAGCACUGAGAUACAGUUCUGGGAGUCUGAAGUACCUUUCUCUCCAGCCAGUGUAUGCAGCCAUGGGAUUUGCUCCCUUCCUGCUGGAAGCCUGAGAGCAACCCUGCUGUAGAAGCUGUUCAUAUAUAUUGCAGCUUAGCUAUGAAGAAGUACCAAGCAGGAUACAGUUGAAAAACAGCUGGGGUUUUGGCCAUAUUGCAGCUGUUCAAAUACACAAAUUACUUUAACAAAUUCUAUCUCUUAAUUUUUUUCCUGAAAAUCUUGGCCUCUUGUGUAGUAUCUACACUGAAUGUAAGCCCGUCAGAUAAGGCAUGUUUGUAUAUAUGUUUGGUUUAUAGCUAUUAAAGGCUUGGGUUCAUUGGCAUUGUGUAAAUUCCAGCAUCCAAUUCUUGUAACUAAGUUUUAACACUGAGGUGUUUGGUAAGGGUCUGUUUUGCCAAAAUGGAGAAAGUAAAGGUUUAUUCAGUACUGUAAAUCAGUAACUUGAUCUUAUUUCAUAAUUGCAUUUAAGAUUAGAGCCGUAGAGAAACUCCUCAGCACUGUGUUUUUCAGUUUAUUUGUAUAUUGAACUAAAAAAAAAAAUAAAAGUUGGAACGAUUACAUAGGACUUGUUUAAGGAGCCCUGUUCACUUCGUUGUUUUGUUUGUUUAGUAUAUGCUGCAAGAUCUGCUGUACCACAGUUCCAGGGAAGAACACUGGGAUGAUUUUGAGCUGAAUGUGGUCAGCAGUAAUGGAGGAAAUAUGUAUUUAAAACUGUACGUGUGCAGGGACCCUACUCAGCAGUGAGUAGAAAGUUUACAAGCUGUAGUUUGUUUUUUAAUUAUUAAGUACUUAAAUAUUUGAUAUAAUUUUUUUACUUUCAAAACAAGGUGCUUAUUUCUCAAAGGUUUGACUGUAGAGAGCUGCUGUGUGAGGAAAUGGUCAUACAGUGGACUAGGUUUCAUGUAGAUUCCUGUAGGUUCAGUUCCUUUAAUUUUAUUAAUUUUUUAAUAUUUGUCUUGGGAUCUUGAGAUAAAAAGUACAAGAAAAGCAACCUUUUCUUUCUUGAUUUGCUCAUCAGAGCUGUUACAACUAUAACUGCCAGUGUAUGUAUUCCAGUCCCUAAAAGCCUCUUGUGUUGGGGAGAAAUGGGGAAUCUUGAUUUAGCUUUCAGCGGGGUCUGUUCUAUUUGAGUGGAGGAUUGCAUAUGAUCAGGCUUAACGGUGCAAGUCUUUCUGCAAUGUUGUGUGACGAGAGUUUAGUUCAACAUCAUGCAUUACGCUUCUGCUCCCCACACUGUUACUGUUCUCUGAAACUGUAGAAGACCGAUGCAAAGAUCCUUGUUAGUUGUUGUUAGAUGUAGUGUUUCUUCAUUAGAAAAAUUAAUGUGCUGCAGCUGGAUGCAGUUCAGAUUUGUUCAAAUUUUUUUUCACCUUUUUAAGGUGAUGGCAAGAAGUAUUUUUGGACUUGCCGAACAGUAAAGCAGUAGCUUAUACAAAAAUUUUGUAACGGUUUCAGAGUGCCUUCAUGUGUAAAUGUGUGUUUUAUAAUAAACAGUUUUAAAGUA